AUGGCCAUUCCUUAUGCCUUCGUAACUCUUGUAACUUCAGACUCGUAUCUCCCUGGUGCUCUUGCUCUUGUCGCGGCUCUCCGAGAUGUACAUCCGUCCCCGCCAGAACCCCCGGAGGUAGAGUUCCAGACCGUGUGCUUGGUCACACCAGAGACGGUCGACGUUUCGACCGUAAAAUUGCUCAGGAGGGCGUACGACGUCGUCGUCGGUGUAGAAGUUAUCGACCAGCAGGACGUAGAGGGCCUCAGACUCCUAGGCCGUCCUGACUUAUCACAUGUACUCACGAAACUCCACGUCUUCCGCCUCACCCAAUACUCUAAAAUAAUAUUCUUAGACGCCGACAUUCUCCCCAUCCGCCCUCUCUCCCAUUUGUUCACUCUCCCGCACGACUUCUCCGCUGUACCGGAUGUAGGAUGGCCAGAUAUAUUCAACUCCGGGAUGAUGGUCCUCACCCCGGGAGAGGACAAGUUCAAGGAACUGCAGGAGCUUGCUAAAACCAAGGGAAGUUGGGACGGUGGAGACCAAGGUUUGCUCAAUGAAUGGCGCGGGCCCAAUUGGAACCGGCUUAGCUUUAUCUAUAACACGACCCCAACAGCCGCAUACACAUAUGCACCUGCAUAUGAGCGGUUUGGCUCCCAGAUUGCCGCAAUCCACUUCAUCGGUGCGAACAAGCCCUGGAGGGAGAUACCUUACCGCGGGCCAGCCUCCAAGGAGUUCCAAGAGGAGGCAACCCAGCCACAGCGCGCAUACAACUACUCGGCCUUGGUUGAUCGAUGGUAUGCUGUGUACGACAAACACUAUCGAUCCCAGCCCGUUGGCCCGGUCCCGGAAUUUCAGGUGUCGCAGUACAGCUCCGCUUGGGACGAAAAAACUGGGAUUGGUGCGGAGGCCGCUUCCACUGCCGGUGGUAUGACGCCUGGUGGUGCCUUGGGCUUGGAAGAGCUCAGGCGGAUCGCUGUCGAGGGUAUGGGUGCGUAUGGCGGUGGAAGCAGCGGCAGCGUCGGGCCUGUAGGGGCCCGACGCGAAGGAGAGUAUCGUUCCUUGCCUCUGGAGGGUCGAUUUGACCUGAUGAGACCUAGGAGGGAAGAGAAACCCUCAGAACAGGGCUCAGACGACCAAAGGACUCCAACUGCGGAGCACCCGCGGUUGGGAUCUGGCUCCACUCCCAGGAUGGAGACACUACCGACUCCAGGACCAGAUGAAUAUCCUCCUGCUCCUGCUCGCCAUGGGCACACAUUGCCGCCUACUCCAUGGCAGCCCCCUUCGGGCGAUCAGGGAUGGCAGCCUCCUCCCGGUGAUCAAGUAUGGCAACAGUCUCAGCAGGAUCAUAGCGGAGAAUGGUACCAUCAGCAACAUAGUCACGAGCAAUCGGGGCAGCAUCAGCACCACGACCAUGGUCAGCACCAUCAACACCACGAGCAUCGUCAACAUCCACAACACCACCAGCACGGCCAGCAUCAUGAGCACGGCCACCAAUAUCAGCGCCACGAGCAUGGGCAACACCGUCAACAUGGAGGACCCAGCCACCACGAGCAUCAUCAGCAGCAUGAACAUCAACACCACGGAGGCCAGCACCAGGAGCAUCACCACCACCAUUCACCUCCUCGGCGACCGUCUUCGCCCCCGCUGCUUUCUUGGAAUCCCGCUGUUGAGCCGCCUCCCCGCACUGCCCCUCCAGCAUCAGCUUUCCCCACCGACACGUACUUCCCUAAUGUAUGGGAUCAAACACCCAGCAAACAGCAUGAUGUGGCAUAUCAUGCUCAUCCGGGGUCGAGCUCUUCUGAACACCAAGGACCGUUCUUUGAGCCUCCGCCGCCCGCCGCUAUUCCAGAGCGUCUUCUUCGCGAGGGCCACUACACGAACGUCAUCGGGCAAACGCCGCAGGGCCAACCUGGUUCCCCUUCAGCACCCGCCCCUGAUCCUAUGAAAGUGAAGACAGUGUUUCCGUGGGAAGAGAAGCCCCGACAUGUCCCGGUCCGAGCCUUUCCAUCGACUGAUGCUCCGCCGCCCCGUGCUGUAUUUAUAGAAGAGCAGAAGGUACAGAGUCCCCCUCCAGCGGAGCCAGAGCGGACAACGUCGCCUGGCCGUUCGCCCGUCCGCUCACCUAUCGCGUAUACGCAACCGCCUCCCCCUCCUCCGCCCACGAAAGGGUUCCCAAAGAAGUUGGCGUACACAAAUGCUUGGGAUACAGUACCAAGCAUCACGAAAUAUGCCACAAAGCUUGUGAGACCGUCACACCGUGCUAACCCAGCUCCUACGAUCGACGAGGACGAUGGAUUUCGCAAGGGCUAUCGCAGCUGGGAGACUCGGUCCGAGGCAAGUAGUUUCGACGGCGAUGACGAAGGCGCGAACGAUGAAGACGACGACGAUGCGAGCCACAAUGGCGAUGACAGCAGUCGGGAACGAGGCGGUUCCAGAAGGCGGCGGACCAGCAGUGGUUCGACCGGCGCGCUGACACCCACAGGUACAGGUCCAAGUGGAAAAGGGAAAUACCGGACACAAGGUGUGCAGACCAUUCCUAGAGAAAUGCGUAGUAAGAGUGUUCAGGUCACUCUUAUCGGCAAAUCUACGAAAGGUUCUGAUGAUUUGGACCAAGAACCAGUAGCAAAGCGAUCUCCUCCGAGGCCUUCGUUGAAAACCCGCGGUCGGACGGGUAGCGGCGCGACUCUCAAGAACUGGUCCCCUACCGGUGGUCCAGGAUCUCCGAUUGUGGCGACGCGAUCUGGUUCACCUGCGCUCGAUUCGCCUGCCCUGCUGCCUCCCCCUAGGCCGGUGGUGCCACACUGGGACUCUCCUUCAGGCAUGAAGUCGCCCCGCAAUUUUAGUCCGCCUAUGGCCGGGUCUCCGAAAGGCGGAUCUCCUAUCCACUCGCCUCCGCACGCGUACACGCGCGUCAGGUCUCCCCCUCAACAGACGGUGGUGACAUCGCCUUCUCAGAAGCCCUUGAUGUCGCCGCAGAUAACGCGCACAUCUUCGAACGAAACCGGGUUGGCGUCGUCGCCGUCGUCUGUGGGACCCAUAUCGCCCUCUGAUGGCCAGCCUAUCCCUGGACCCCCCAGGAAAACCGCUUCCCGUGUUUGGGAUCCUACCCGCAGCGUCGAUAUAUUCAAGAAGGGCUCAGAGGAGGUUCUCGCUCGGUUCCUGCGGAUGACGCCCCAGUCAUGGGACGAAGAAGGCGGCGAGCGUUCAUAA